UACAGCAGCAGUAUAGAAUAUAAAGCACAGUGCAAAACUGUAAAAACAAAAUUCAAAUUAUUCCAUAGGUGCAAAACCUGGAUGUACAUUAUACACACAAUACAUUAGUAAUUACAUUGUAAUACAAAGACAUCUUUCCCCCUUGUCAGUGAGUCUUUUGUAACUGGUCCCAAUGAUGUUUGGCUCGAUGGCAGGAGGCAUUACACAGUCUGAUGGCUACGGUGCCCCGUAGCACUCCCUGGUGGGGUGAGGUGGUGUUUAAAGCUGCUCUAUAACUAAAAUAAAUGUAGAAAAUCUUAAAAAAUAAAUUAAAGUUGAAUCAAUUCAGUCUUACUUUUGUCAUGACUGCCCAAUGCUCCCCUCACCCCAUAUUUCACAUUCAGCUGGAAGAAAUGCCUUCUGAUUUUUUUUCCAGUUAAAGUUUGCUAGGUGUACAUGAAGAAGUGGACAGUCCGUACAACAUGUCACAUUUGACUCAGAAUUUCUUUGUCGAGCUCACUGAUUGUUUUGUUUGCCACUUCCGAGAUUGUAAAUCCGCAGACCACACGGGUUGAGGUUCUGUACAGCAUGCCCCACCAUAGCAGGUAUAUUUAACGUGUGAGUCUGACCUUUGUGGUUUUUGUGUCUUCAUCCCUCAAAGUUCCUUUUUCCUUCAUAUGUGAAACUCCCUCAUUCAUGAAGAAUUCUAAAUUGGUUGAGUUAUCCUUCAUUACUUGUCAGCAUCUUACAAUGCCAGACUGCUGUUAAACAAAGUGUUGUUUUUUAUUCUAGAGAAGAAGGGCGGUAAAUGCUACGAGUCAGUCAUAUGAGGUUGAGAUGCAAAAGUUGAAAAAGCUGGUUAAGGAACUCGAGGGCAGCUUAGAGAAAAUAAAGCAGCAAAAGGAACAUCUGGAGCAGGAACUUCCCAAAGUAGUAGCGUCUGCGGAAAAUGAGUUGUCUAAAAAACAGAAAAUUAUCGAAGAAAUUAACCAUCAGAAAACUAAAGCAGAAUAUGAAGCCAAAGAAUAUCGUUUGGAGCUGGAGGCAACCGUAAGGAAGAAGGCGGCGGCUGAGCAGGAUCUGGAGCACACGCGUCAGCUCAUUUUACAGGCUGAAUCCAAGCAGGCAGCUGUUGAAGAAAAGCUGAGGGUUCUCAAAAAAGAAAUUGAAGACAGCACAAUGGCACGAAGGAAGAUGGAGGAACAUCUCAGAAGAAAGGACAUAGAUGUUCAAGAUUUGGAGCAGCAAAAGAGGAUAUUAGAGAAGGAGCUGAGAACAAAAGAGCUUGCGGAAGGCGACCUCAAACUGAGACUCAUGCAGCAAGAAGAGGCCAAAGAAGCGGAAGCUAAAAUGAUGAGAAGCGAAAUCAUGCAUUCGGUGGUGAGGGAGAGCCAUCAACAGUCCGCCUUACCUUAUAGCGUGGGCUAUCUUAACUCUGAAAUGGAGUCAAAGAAAACAGAAGCCCUUCAACUCAAAGUGGACGAGUUGAUUCUUGAGAAGAAAAAAGCCGAAAACGAUUUGAAGAGUCUGAAAUCUGAGCUGAAUUCCCUCGAGAUUCAGAAAAAUGCCGUGGAGGAGAAAGCACAACUUUUAAGGGACUGUUUGGAGGAAGCCAAUAAUAAGAUGAAGCUGUUUCAGUUGGAGUUGCAGCAGAAGAACUCCUCGCAGAGCAGCCACAUGCUGAACCUUCGAGAAAUGGAGUCCGAGCUGGCAAACGGUAGGCAGAAAUCAGAGGAGCUCAGGCAGGAGGCUGCCGAGUUGAAGAAAUCGGUUUUCCGCUUACAAGAGGAAGUGAAAAGUCUCCAACGAGAUAAGGACUCCCUUGAGCAAGAAUGUCUCUUUCACAAGACCGAAAUUGACGGCUUGUCGGAACAGUUGAGAAUGAAGCAUGAAGAUCUGUUAAAACGAGCCAGCACCGAACAAGAAAGCAGCCACAAGACCAAAUUCUUAGAGGACGAUCUCUCCAACGCCAAAAGCGAAAUCGACAAGCUCAGGUUCAAGGUUAGCGAACUCACUAGGGUCAAUGUGAAAUCUGAGAAUGACAUCAGGAGUUUGAAAAUUAAUGUUGACACCUGCCAGCAGGACAGAGUCUUCUUUGAGGAAAAGCUCAAGUCGCAAAGGACUGAAUUAGAAAACAUGCGUGAACAACUUUCUAAAGCAAAGGAGGAGAUCAUGCUCAAGACAAAGGCAGAACAAGAAGCCCAGUUGAAAAACCGUAGUCUCGAUAUGGAGCUGCAGAAGACCAACCGACUUGUGCACCAGCUUAAAGAAAAGGUGGAAGAACUUAGGAGAAUCAAUGUAGAGUCCGACGUGGCCUUGAAAAAAGUGAAGUCUGAGCUGGAAAAACUGGCUAUGGAAAAAAGCAGCCAUCAGCAGCAGGUUGACAUUUUCAAAUCUCAAGCAGAGGGGUACAAAUCUCAGAUAAAAAUUGUGGAAGACGAGUUGAUGAAGAAGAAUAAGAUGUCACAGGAGUAUCAGCUAAAGCUCCGAAGUUAUGAGGAGGACAUGAAGAGAAUGGCCGAACUGCAGCAAAAGGUCAAGGAACUCAACCUUAUCAAUAUAAACAAUGAAAAGGACCUAAGGGCCUUAAAAUCAGAGCACAAUUCUACAACUAUGGAGAAGAAAUCGGCAGAACUUAAGGUCCAGUCGCAGAAAACGGAAAUUGAUGAUGUGAACAUCAAGCUGAAGAAAGCUAAAGAGGACCUGCAAAAGGAAUCCCGAGAGGUUCAAAAGAAUCAAACCAGAAUCCGAGAGCUUGAAGCCGAAUUGCAGAAAUGUAAGCUGGUUGCAGAAGACUUCAGAAGAAAGUCGGAGAAUCUCAGGGAUGCUAGCGUCAGCUCGGAAAAAUACGCUGAGAGCUUUAAGCUCGAGCUUCAGAAUCUGAAGAAGGAGAAAAGUGCAGCACAGGAGAAAGUCCACCUACAAACGACGGAGAUGAAUUUGCUGAAGCAACGACUGGAUAAAGUCCAGAUGGAGUUUCAGCAGAGACAGAGAGAUGACGUUAUGGGGAACCAAAGGAUUAAAAAAUUGGAAGAGGAGCUUGGACAAUAUAAGAAAAUGGUGCAGGAACAUAAAAGCAAGCUUGACCUUCAGAGGAAGGAGCACGAGCAAAAGCUGCAGACCAUUCAAAGGGAGACACAGCAGAAGCUUCAGCAGAAGGAAUCCUCGGUUAAACUGGAGUUUGACCAAAAGGCUCGAACUCAAUCGCAAAACAUAGAAACCGCCGAACGGGAAAACAAGUUCCUUCGCCAGGAGAUUGAACAGCUGAAAGCAAUUAACCAGAACUUUCUCAAAAAUAAGCAGGAGAUGCAGAAAGACAUGGAUGCCCUGCUUAUGAAGUUCCAAUAUGCGGAAAAGGAAAGGGGCACCGCUAACAACGAAAUACACAAUGCAAAAUCUUACAUUGUCGAGUUAGAGAAUGAGAACGUCAAACUCAAGGCGAACGUGACACAGGCCGACAAUAUCCGCAAAGAGGUUUCGCUCGAAAACACGCGCCUCAAACAUGCGCUAGCUGAGAGCGAAAGAAAGCAAGAGCUCACUGACCAAGAAGCCCGGACGUUAAAGGAACACAUUUUUAAUAAUCGAAAGGAAAUGAGCACUCUGAAGGAAAUGGUCACCAUUUUCGAUUCGACUGUGAACACCAAUGGCAUUAAGGAAAAAGCAAUCGACUUAAAACUACAGGAUCAGCUCAACUACCAAGACUCCAAAGAGCUGUUUCUGCGACCGAGGUCGGAAACGGAGGUUAAUUCUCUGAGAAAACACACCGAGCUAGAUAAAUGUGAUCUGGUGAAACGGGAGCUACAAAUAACAACGCAUGUCAUUACAGCUAAUGAAGACCUUAAAGAAAAGCUAGAAGAAGAGCUGCGGAAAAUGAAGCUCACUGCAGAGAUAACCAAACUGGAGCAAAAUAAGGUUACAGACGAGGUGAUGAAAUUAAUGCAGGAAAGUGAAAACAUUUUGAAAGACAGAGAGAUAAUGCACAAUAAAAGCCGAGAAUUAGAAGCGGAUUUCAUUAACCACGAAAACUCCUAUAGUGUUCAAACCUCUCGUGUCUACCAGACACCGAAUCAGUAUGUUGACACAGCGAAUGUAAAUGUACAAAUGGAUAUUUCGGUAAUGAAACAUGACAUUAUGUCUACAGAUUUGGCAAAUAACGUAUUUGGAAAGGUAGAAAUGACAAACCACGAUAGCCGAGAUAUCUUCUCAACUCCUCAUCCAGAACUAAUCAUGACAAAGAGGGUAACCAACUCAUUCGUAUCUCCAGGAAACUCGUCUCUGAAAAGUGAGUGGAGCCACACUGGCACCGACGACAAAUUUAAGUUUCGAGGACUUAGAGAUUACGUCACAGCCAGUGCUUUAGCCGAAGCGAAAAUUUUAGACCUCAACACUCUGAAAAGGCUUGAGUUAGGAAUGACAACCAUCGAAGAAGUACAAGAAUCGCUUGAAGACUAUAUAAGCAGCAGAACGGUGAUUGCUGGUCUUUACGUUGAAUCCGGCAAGAAAAAAGUGUCCUUCAUGGAUGCGGCCAAUAAGGGGCUAAUGGCAAAAUCUUAUGCUCUGGAAUUCCUGGAGGCCCAGGCUGCCACCGGCUUUAUCACUGAUUCCCAGACAGGAAGGAAGUAUUCAGUUGAAGAAGCAGUACACAACGAUAUCGUCAGUACCGAGUUCAGGGAUAAGUUACUGGAUGCGGAAAAGGCAGCCAUAGGAUAUGUGCAUGGCGGCAAGACCUUGUCAGUGUUCCAAGCAAUGGAGAACCGGCUGAUCGAGCGAAUGAAAGGGAAGAAGAUAAUUGAGUUGCAGAUUUCAACUGGGGGUAUCAUCGAUCCUCAGCGAAGUAUUCGCCUCUCUCCUGAAACAGCAAUCGAUCAAGGAAUGCUGAACAGAUUUACUCUGACUCACUUGCAUGAUCCAUCGAGCAAUCCAAGAGGCUUCCAUAAUCCAAACACAGGACAAAGUAUGUAUUACUCGGAGUUGCUAAAGUUGUGCGUUUUGGAUGUGAGUGGAAAAGAUUUACUCCUACCAUUCGGUGACCGGAGCAUUUCAUCUCCUUCACCAACCAAGCCACAGAGGAUCCUAGUGGUCGAGAGUAACACGGGAGCAGAGAUGACAAUCUACGAUGCAUACUGCAAGCAGAAAAUUGACCAGAAGAUGUAUCAGAAACUUUCUGAACAGGAAAGCGAAUGGAAGGAAACCUCAGAUCUGGAUUCCAAUAAUCUGACCGUUACUGUGUUAUCUGAUGGCAAGAGUGGAAGAGGAUUUGUUCUUGAAGAUGCACUCAAGGAGGGUACUGUUGGAACUAGUGAGGUUACGAAGUAUAAAGUGGGUAUCAUAACCAUCAAUGAGCUGGCUGACCAGUUAAUUGCCAAACAUAAAGUGCUGACGGUCUCUGAUUGUCCCAUCACAGGCUUCUGGGAUACUUUAUCCAACAAAAGGCUUACCUUUCUCCAAGCACUGCAACUGAAUCUGGUGGAAAGGCUCACAGCCAUUCGUCUUCUCGAGGCUCAGGCAUGCACUGGGGGAAUCUAUGACCCCUCAACUGGAAAAAAGUAUUCGGUGUCAGACGCCUUGAAAAGAGGGCUGAUCGAUGAUUCUUUGAACCGACAAAUACAACAGGCUGAGCUCGCUUACUCGGGCGUGAUCUCUCCACAUACUAAAAAACCGUUGUCUAUAGCCGAAGCAAUGAAAAACCAUCUGUUUCCCAAAGAUGUCGGUCAACGCUGUCUUGAAUUCCAGUUCCUGACAGGUGGCCUAAUAGAUCCGAAUACAGGGGGGAAGAUUCGUUUGGAAGAGGCCAUCAGGACCGGACUUAUUGACGCCAAUACCGCCAUGAAGCUGAAGGAUGAUAAAUUUCAUGCCAAAAGCCUUACCUGUCCAAAAACUAAAAAGAAGAUGUCCUUCAAGGAAGCGUUAGAUCGAGCAGUUUACGAUUGUCAUACCGGACUUAAAAUACUGGAAGCCUCUAAACCUCAAGUUCCCGGAGGCUCCACAUCUAUUUAUUAUAUGAGGACAUUUUAAUUUUUGAGUUAUGUGUAUGUGUCUGAGCACUUGCAAACUUUUUUUUUGUAUAAUGUAACAGGAAAUUUUGCAGAUGUUAAAAAAUGCGCGCUGUGUGUAUAGGAAGAAAAAAUACUCGUUUUCACUUGCUGUUUUAAGAAAUGGAACUUCAAAAUUCCUGUUAUUGUUUUUAAUCAUAUAGUUAGUGCUAUAAGAAUAAUUUGAUUUUAAUUAUCUGUUUUUUGCUCAACCAGGUGAAUUACAGUGUUUCUGCUUAUAAAGAGGCUGACAAAUGUAAGAGCGUUGGUGCGGUUAACGAGUAAUUGACAGUUUAAAGUAGGCCAACAUACUGUGUGUGUAUCCGAGAGCAGUAGGAAGAACUUUGUGUCAAACUUUCUGUUAAGGUAAUCUUCUCGAUCAAGCGCACGCGGUGAAGAGAACUUUUUAACAGUGUCAGGAGUCCCUCCUGAAGUGAUAUCUGGCUUCAGAGAGCUUGUAGACGUGAUCCCAAAUCUGGGUUCUCCAUGCAGUGGCUGAGAGGUUUUCUGAGGUUCUUAUAUUUCUGUUGUUAUUUUCUAGGUUGGUGCGGGUCUUCCACCUGUCGUGUGCCUUUUCUGAUUAACCUCUCGCCAACCAAUAAAAAGCCAAUGGAAGGUCUAA